GUGAAGUUCUCUCCCCUAGUCUGCCUGUAUGCCUGCCCAUUAAAACAGCCCUUUGAAGGUGGCGGGGAAGAGCUGCUCUUCCCCCCCGCAGUUGCUGGAUUAACGACUUUUGGGCUGGGACGCCCUUUUGUUUUAUUUUUAUUUUUUGCCCUCUCUGGUUUAUAUUUUAAUUUUUGGGGGAUACUGGACGCCAUGUUGUGGAAACUAGCAGACAAUGUCAAGUACGAAGAGGACUGUGAGGUGAGAGCUUAGGGCUGUGCACGGGGCUAGUCCUCAGUGGUUUGGCUGGGGCUUUCUUUUCUUGGACGGGAAACAAAAGGGGCAGGCGGUAGGCGCAUCCGCCGGUGGAAUGGGGGUGCUUGGAUUGGAGCCUUUAAAGAUGUGAGGAUGGAAACAAGGGAUUUAGAGAGAGUUUAUUUCGAACAAAAAGAGGCCGCUUAGGCACUCUGGCCAGGCAGUAAAUAAUUGAAAAUCGGUGGGGCUUGAUUUGCUCAUAAAGGAAAAUAAGGCGCUAGUCCUGUUGAGGCAUGAGUUGUAGAAUUAAUUGAUCGAACUACAUUUUAAUGCCUUGGAUGCCUUUAUUGCAUUCUGACUUUAAAUUCAAAGAAAACCCUCUUGUGCGGGGCAGGGUGUGCAACAAGACAUUAUAGAAUGGGGCACUCUAAAACUUAAAAUUUGGUGCUUGGAUCAAGUUAAGAUGAGAUGCAAGUUUGCAUGGAGUGAGUCAGCUUCGCUGCGGGAGCCGACUAAGGUGUUUGUCCCCUAAUGAGAUAAUGAACCCCAAGCAUUUUUACGUGGAAUUUGCGCAAUAGGAUGGCAGUGUUUGGCUGCUUUCUGCGCUCUGGACCGUUCCGAACUCGCAACUUAAUGGUCCCGGACCUUGAAUUGUGUGUUAAAAUAGCAAGAACCUCCGAACAAUCCUCUUUCUCUCUUUUGUAUAUGCAUAUGAUAAAAAAGAUGUUGCAACCAAGGUCAUCAAAGCUGGCGAAGAGCGGAGAAGAUGCCUCGGGGGGGGACGUGAUUGGCACCUCCCCUCUCCGCUUUGGAGGAUGUGGCUACUGUCCUAGUCGUAGACUUUCUCUGUAGUACCUAAGCAGGACCACUGAAUUCAGUAGGAUUAUGCCUAGGAUCUUCCUAAAAAUCACCCAAUAUUUUUUCGUUUGUGUGUGUUUUUUAAAACCCCCAAUUCCCGCUUACUCUAGAGUAGUUCUACUGAAGUUAGCGGGAUUUCCCCCGAGAGAAACGGUUCCUUCAAGUAUACAGUAGUUGGAGAACUCAAAUGAGUCCCUGAGGGGCAUUUUUCUUGUGCGUUGCACCCCCAGCAAUAAAAACGCACAGCAUGGUCGAGGUCCAGAGCUUGGAAAGCCGCGUUUGCGCAGCGUCUGGAAUUCGUUCCAAGAGCGCGGAAAGUGGAGACAGUAUCCUAAGCGGCUGCGGUUCGGUGCGCCCUUAAAGCCUGGCAGUCGCAAUGCGCUCAGGCUGAAAUGGCAUUUUAGAUAAUUCUAAAACUGAGUGGCGGGCGACCCCCCCCCUUCCAAAACCUUCAUUUUCCGACGGUAGUGGUCCUAUCCUGGAAGUGAGUCCCCUGGAAGUCGUGGGGCUUUCUUCUGAGUAGACACCUCUGCGUGUACCCCUGUUUGAGCAGAAAGAAGUCCCUGGUCUCCCCAAAACUUCAGGACAGGGUAGAUCUGCCCUCCCAGAAAACACUGAGCAGUGAUUUCCCCCUUUUGUGCUCCGACGGCGCGGCGUUCAGGAAGGAGCGGAAACGCUUAAUCCCCUCCGAGCUGCUCCUGCUCGCCGUUUUUUCCCCUCCCCGAGGUGAAAAUCAGUGCAAACUUCCGCACGCUUUUUCGGCCGAGGUGCGUGCGUGCGCGCCCCGUCGGAAGUCCGCCCACGGCCGGGGGAGGGGGGCUGAAGGAGGGAAGAGCGAGCGAGCCAGCGCCGGAGAUCUUCCCUCGGUGAGGCAAGCGCUCCAGCCUGUCGGACGGGUUCUGCCCAGCUCGGAAGGGAGGCCGCUCGCUCCUUCUUUUGCCAUGCGGGGAGGCAGCGAGGUAGGCAGGAGGAGAGAGACAGAGGCCCCGGGAGGGGAUAGCAGGAAGUCGGCGCUCUUGGCAUCGAAGUGGCGCCCGUGCCCUCUGGGAAGGCUGCUUGGCCCGGUUCCUUUUCCUCCGGGGGCGGCGCAGAGAGAAAAAGAGAUGGAUGCCCAUGCAGCCGAGUUAUACUUCGAGGACGGCUGCCCGGAGGGUUUGGUGGGAACUCUGGCAGGGCUUCUUCCCCUUUAAAUCUGUGCGCGGCGGGCAGAAGUUCAACCGGAGAAGCUUUGCACAUUGCUCUUAUCCACCCUGCAAAAAGAACCCUCAAAAAUGUGAAGGGGGGAGGACAACGGGCUGGUGCCUAAAGUCACUUUUCGUGUGGUUAAAUUACUCCGUCCCACUUUCUAGCCAAGGGCCUUGUCCCAACUUCAAGGGGGGGUGCGUAAGGGGGUUGGACUAGAUGACCCUUGCGAGCCCUGCCAACUCUGCAAUUCUAUGGCUGGAAACUGGUGUGUUCCGAUCCUCUCAAAGCCUUGUGAGGAGCUCGGGUUGCAGUUAAUCCGGAUUAAUUAAUCCAGAAUAAGGAGAGCGCUUUUUCUUUUUUAAAAAGCCCUUUCGGGAUUGCCCCCCCUUAUAUUCCACGUAGGGCUGCGAUAGAUUAGGAGAGACUAUCUCCUUCCGCCACCCGCUUUUCAUGUAAACGUUUCGUGUAAACCCAUUUAGUAUCGGAGCGCGAACUGUAUUGCACUGGGAAUUCAGGCCUUCCCUCCCAGCGAUGAUGCAGAAGGCUGCAGGAAAAGGUGCGAUCCACAAGGCGCUCAUGUAGGUGGAAUUUGUUUGGGUGUUUUAAGGGACUCCCAGUAGCCUGCUCCUCUUUAACACGUCUGCCCCACAGCAAUCGACGAGGCUGCUUGGCUUUUCCCAGUAAAGUGUGCACAGAACCUUUGCAGCAAGAGCCUAAACAGCUUUACUCGGGAGUAAGUCCCGUGUGCAGCGAGGCCUUCCUUCUGGCUGAUUGGUGCACAGGGGGACGGUGGAUUUGGAAUCAAGGAGGCCACGGUUUGAGAUUAAGUUGGGGGAGUUUAAAGGCCACGUUAGGACUUUUUAUCCCCAGGCCAGUUACUGCAAAGUCCGCAUCCCAAUCCGAAAUGGCCUUUUCUCGGGGAGGCGGGCUUCUGCAGUCUUUGUUGCGGGAGGGAGAUCCCAGGGAUUUGAAGUGAUCCCCUGAUCUCCUCGUGGAGCUGCGCCUCUUUUAAAAUACACUUUUCGCUUCGGAGCGAGUCCCACAUAAGGACAACGGGCAGUGCGAGCCUCUGGCAUGUUUACUUGGAAGUAAAUCCCUCUCGCCCUACUCUGCGUGCAGUGGUAAAGAGUGCAAAGGAGCGCAGCCGGAGUUGCAAUCCUAUACACACUGAACCUGGGGCUCAGUCCCGUGGAUUUAAGUGGGACUGACUUCUGAGUGGACAUGCCCAAGAUUUGCCCUAAGGAAAUGGCAGGGCCGCCUGGAUAGAUAUCUGGAAGAUGAGGUGUGCAACUUUCUCUCCCUCUUGAAAUGAGGUCCGCGUUCGCUUCCUUCCUGAAGGCUUCGGUGAAAUCCAGCAUCUAAAAGUCAUCCCAAGUGCGCUUUGGCUUACCAAUAUAUGUGAAAUCCUGAGCGCGCGUUCUAGACCGCAAGUCCUUGCUAAGCGUUGCUUUUCGCGUCUGUUUUGGGUGCCCGCGAUAGGUGAGAGAGGAAAAAGCAAAGAAAACUCUGAGCGGGUACAGAUUAUGUCUCGGCAGUCUGACCUAUUCAUUUCCCUGGGAUCAGGUUUUGUUGAACGCCCAGAGAAAUGUGCAUAGGGACAUGAAAAUAAUAAUAAUAAUAAAAAUAAAAAAUAAAUAUAAAAUAAACGAUGGCACCGUCAGGUUAUCCUUCAAUCUCUCCUCCUAUCCCUCCCCCCCAAAGUCAUUCUAUUUCUGAUGCCUUUGAAGAUGGCAGCGUCUCCCUCCUUCCUCUGGUCCAUUGGUCACACCGCAGCGUCUCUGGCUCCUUCCAGAAGCCGCUGCCGCCCCCGCUUCCCUUCCCGCAGGGUCCCGGUCGGGAUCUCCAUUCUCUUCUGAUUAACCCGCCCCUGUUAGUUUAACGAGCGUGGAGGGAGAAGCGGCUUUUAAAAACCCCAGGCUUAUCAGUGUGGUUUAGACAUGCUUUAAAUUGAUUGGUGUUUUUGUCGAAAAGUUUUAAUUUCAUUCAUUCAUUGAUUAAUGCUGCGUUGAGGUCCAGGAUAAUUAUUAUUAUUUUUUUGCUAAAUGAUUCAGGGGUUUCAAGAUUACAUGUUUGCUUUUUAAAGAAAUCAGUACUGGAAAGGUAGCUGUUUUGUUUUCGGCAGAUUUUAAUACUCUGCUCUCUCCCUCCUUAACAGGCGCCCUGGGCAGUGAGUUAUAUUAACUUUUCAAUGGCCACGGGAGGGGGGUAUUUUUUAAAUUAACUCUGUGAUGGGCAUAGGAGUGUUGUAAGACAUUUCCCAAGACAGUGGAUUUGUACUUUAAGACAACGUGAAGGCAAGCAUUUGUUUAUUUUUAAGGAGGGAAACACUAAUACAGUCGACAUAAAACUUGUAAAUCACCAAAUUUCAAUUCUGGGCUUUUUAGGUAGUAAGGAGAAUACAUCUUUCUUUAUAAUAAAUGGGGGAAAUUUCCUUCUUUCCACAGUAUUGAACAAAUUGAUUACCCCCCCCACCCAAUCUAAGCAAUUUAAAUAAAAAGCAAACUCAAAAUUUACAGUACUAAACAAAUUUUCUCUGGAAGUAAGAUCCAUUGACAUAAAUGGGUUUUUCGUUCAAGGACAUGCACUUUGAUUUAAGUAUAUUCAAAAAGCCUCCCAGCCCUAUGGCAGGAAGCCCAAAGUGCAGUCCUAUGUAGACUUUGGGAGUCCAUGUGCUCUGUGGCACUUACUUUUGAGUAAACAAGUUGUAGGUUUGGAGCACACGUUAAGGAUUUCAGGGUGACUUGGCUUUACUCUCCUACCUCCCCUUCUUUCCCCUAUAUCUCCAUUGAUUUGAAACUGAACUUAAAUUAGUGUGUUGACUGAAAAAGCAUUUGUAUUUAUGAAUGAGGCGGGAGGUUCCUAAAAACCAAACUGGUCCCAAACGCAUUUGCUGAAAAUAAGAUCAUUUGAACUUUCAGUGGGUGAGUGAGGCUGCAGUCCUCAGAUAAAAUUUAAUUUUAGUCCAUCAGGUGCUAGUAUAUAAUUUCCCCCCUACCUUAUUUAGGGUUAGAUUGCAGUCUUCAGACUGCUUGCUUCAAAGUUAAGUUAUUUUUAAAAGGUGGGGGGGGGGGCAGAGAGGAUAUUUUAGACUCAUCCAGAGAGUUUCAUUGUAACUUUGUUACUUCAAAUGGGUCAUUUGGAGGACUAUGACUACAAAUCCUUGUGUGCCAAGUAAAUAAUAAUAAAUUGAAGCCUGCAAGCACAACCCUAUGCAUGUCUACUCAGGAGUAAGGUCCAUUGAUGCCAGGUAAGUGUAACAUUGCAGCCUAACUUGCAAUGCUACCUUGCUCUGAAAGACAGAAUGCACCACUAAGACUUGUUGAUUUACAGUGGACCUUGCUUCCUGAUUUUUCCCUUAGAUAUUGGGAUGCAAAUGUGCUGUUGGCUCCUUGAGUGGGGCUACCAGUGACCUCUCCCUCUCCAAAUAUCCUCCUUUGAGGCUGGUACCUCUUUUAUAGAAAUCAACUUACUCCUUUUUGCUCCCCCCACCCAGUCCAGACCCUAAGAUGCCUUGGACUGACACAGCAUCUUUCUUUCUACAGGACCGUCACGACAGCAGCAGCAAUGGGAACCCCAGACUGCCCCACCUCUCGGCCGUCAGCCAGCACUUGUACAGUCCAGCACCCCCCCUUUCCCACUCGGGGGCCUCCGAUUUCCAGCCCCCUUACUUCCCGCCCCCGUACCAGCCUCUGCCUUACUCCCAGUCCAGUGAUCCUUACUCUCACCUGGGCGAUCCUUUCUCCAUCAACCCGCUCCACCAGCCGCCACCGCCUCCCCCCAGCCAGCAGCAAACCAGUUGGCCCAGCCGCCAGACCAGCCAGGACCACUCCAGUUUGUCCCACCAUGCUCGGUCUGGUUUGGUGCCCCAUCUCCCGGCUCUGGAAAGCGGCUCUGCUGGGGUGAGAAGGGAAACCUACAGGCGAUCUGAGCUGCUCCUGCCUCAUGGCCACGGUCUCGAUGCUUCCAGCUUGGCAGAGAACCUAGGACUGCAUGAAAUGGCCCACCAGAUGGAAGAGGUGCAGGUAAAGAUUGGCGGAAGUGAUAAAUGGUGUCCCUGCAGUUCUGGAUGCCCCGUAGCCUAGAAGAAAAGCUUUGGUUGCCUCACCAAAGGGAGUCAUCUUUAAAGGAAGGGACUGUAGCUGAGUGGUCGAGCAUCCACAGGUUCAUUCGACCAGCACCUCCAAAUUAGGGUUGGGAGAAAAUACCAUCAGAAACCCCAGAGAGUUGCUACCCAUCAUUGUAGACAAUACUGAGCUAGAUGGACCAGUGUCCUGACUCUGUGUUGAGGCAGCUUCCUAAGUUCCAUGAGGCCCAACAGAAAAGCAAACACCUGGAAUGUGAGCAUUAGUAAAUCAAACGUGGGAAACUUAAGGGCUGAUCUUACUUUAUGCUUUUCAUUUAUACCUGACUUUCCUCGAAAGAGCUCAAGACACCAUACGUGCCCCUCCCUCAGUUUGUCCUCACAACAACCCUGUGGGGUAGGUUAGGCUGAGAAAUAGUGACUGGCCCAACAUCACUCCAUGAGCAUUGUGGCUGAACAGGGAUCUGAACCUUUCCAGGUCAGGGUUGGGGGAAUCUGUGGCCCUCCAGAUUUUGCUGAGCUCCUAACUUCCCUGACCAUUGACCAUACUGGCUGGAGUCUAGUCAUGUCUGGAGGGUCACCACAUGGAAGAGCCAUGGAGGAGACUCUUGCAUGGAAGAGCCAUGGAGGAGACUCAUGUGCCCUGUCUCUUGUUCCAUAAAUGGUCGGCAUCCAUAGAGUGCUUCAGUGAUGAUGAGGAAGAGGAUGAUUUACUUGGUUGGAUAUGUGAACAGGGUUUUAGUCCCCUAACUGAGGAAUUGAGAACUUGUUCAUUGACUCAAACUCCCACCAGCCCCUGCCAAUAUGGCCAGUGGUCAGGGAUGAUGGGAGUUGUAGUCCAACAGCAUCUAGAGGAGCACAGCCACUCCUGACCCUAGUUCAACGCACUUCACAUCUAGUUCAAUAAUUUGCCUUUUGAAUUAGGUCAGAAUUAUCCCUGCAUUGCUGAGGAGUGGCUGGCUUAGUGAGUUCACUGCAAGGAGAGAUUUGGAGAGUCCCUCCUUCAUUCUCUUACAGAGCAGCCCUAUGCCUGCCUGCUUGGAAGUAAGAUCCAUUGGGUUCAAUUGGACUUCCUCCCAGCUAAGCACACACAGGAUUGCAUGCUUGGUCGUUAUACAAAACCGUUGCAAGAGAACCCACUUCUGCAUUAUUGACCAGGUGUUCCUAAAGCACACAGAGAGGUCACUGCAGUGUCUUAUAGAUUAAAUCCAGUCACCUAAAAGUUCCAUUUCUUGCACUGUGUUCCAAAAUCUGCAGAAUAUCACCGCUAUGAAUAGACCAUACAGAACAGGCUCUUUGGGGGGUGGGAAACACUGUAGACUGGAGCCCACCAUUUUGCUCAGCAAGAAGCUAGAUCCGUUUACUAAUUUGCAGAACAAACCCUGGACAGAUCCACUCCAUGCAUUUAAAGGACACCUAAUGCACAUUUUAAGCCCAUGACUUACCCCAAAGAGUCCUGGGAGCUGUGGUUUGUUGAGGGUGCUAGGAAUGUGUAGCAGUGUGAGGGGCAAACUACACUUCCCAAGAUUCUUUGGGGGAAGUCAUGUGUUUUAAAUGUAUGUCAGGUGUCCUUUAAUAAUUUAACGGUAUGGCGUGGCUCGCCUUCCUCUUUGUCCAACAUCUUUUUCUUCCGGACUGAAGAGAAGGUAAUCGGUCCACAAAACUUUAUAAUGGUCCCCAUUUCGGAAGCCAAAUUAGGGCAGCAGAACUGCAGUUUCAUUUCUUGUGCACACUGCAAUCCUUAAAAGCCUUGGGUGAAAUUUAUCUCUUACUAGUCGUCCUGAAGUCCUGGUGAAAUCGGUGUGCAGUUAAGUGCAUGGAACUGCAGUCCUAAAUGUGCUCAGAUACCCUCUGAGAAAUAAGCUAACUUAAUGGGACUGAAUUCUGAGUUAGCAUCAGAAAUGGGCUACACACACUAACUUGCAUAAAAAUAAAGCGCCACUGAUUUCAGUAGGGCUGGCACCUCUAUAUGCAUUCUGAAGAGAAGACUGUACACCUGAUUGUUGGUCUCUGGUCACUACGUGGGCAUCCUAUUGGAAUAAAAGGCUCUUCUUGCAAUUAAUAUGUUUAGGGUUUAGCCUUAAAGUUAAUCCGUAGGUUCAUAGCCAUUUGGAGGAAAAUAGCAUUGUGUAUGUGCAUUUCGUGUAGUGGGGGGGGGGGAGAGAAGGUGGGGUGUAUUUUCUUUAUUCCACAAUUGUGUUCUAAAAAUUUCACAUUCUCUCUCCAGCAUGUGGAAGAUCAGCAUUUAUUAAUGCAUGACCAGACAGUCAUUAGAAAAGGUCAGUAAAUCUGCAUUCUCCUGUUGGUUUUUCCUCGUGUCUUCUUUUUAAAAAGAUAAGAAUUUCUAACCGAUAAAGGCUAGUUUCAUAGUGGUAGAUUGUUUUGGAAAAAAGAUUUUCUUCCGUGUGGCUUUUUUCUUUUUUAAAAGACGAAGUUUCUGUAAAUGAAAAAUUGAGCUCCCCUACUCCUUUCCAGUUCUCUGCAUGAGCUAGCAUGUGUGCCGGAGGCUGUAUUCCAUAUACUGUAACCCAUUUACUCCAAAGUAAGUAGGUUGUGGGUUUGACUGGAGUGUGCAUUUAUUUACAUACAGAUGCUUUUAAAGGCUGUUAAAAAAAAAAUCCAGGAUGUGGAAUUUGGGACUAAUAAAAUGGGUUAUUAAAUUUUCUUGUGGAAACUUUAAAAACUAGUCUGAGCUGUAAUUUCCCCAGGAACAGCAAAUAACUGUACUUGCCAUACCAGGAAAAAAAAUAUCCUGAUGCAACAUUCACAUGGGUGAACUGUUGCUUUUUAAGCCUCAAUAUUCUAUUGUAUGGGAAAGCGAUUGCUUCCCCUCUUGAGAUUAUUACCAAGUUAUGGUUUUGCACUGUGCUGAUUACAGUAUGAUUAUGUCAAGAGUCUCUGAAAUGAAUGAGCUUCUAUCCCUGAGCGUGUAAGGCAAAAAUCUAAGGCUAUUGCAGAUACUUUUGAAUUUUUGGUUCCUUAUUCAUAUGGUCUUUGGAAGCGAAGCAGGAGUGUUUGGCAAGGCAGGUGAAUUAAUGAAGAAUUGUCAAAAGCUGAUUGGGUGGCGGGAAGAAAUGUUCUAUUGAUCUAAUCCAGGGAAGAGUAGAUGUGGAUCCCAAGUAUUACAAUAUAGGCUGGAGAAAAGGCUAAGAGCUUUUGCCUGUUAUCAAAUUAACCAGGGAAUGCCACUGUUUUGAAGCAAAGGUCUUUAUUCUCUCCUGCAUCUACGAGUUUGCUCAUGUUGCUUUCCUUUCCUUAUUAGAAAGGGAAGACUUGUCACUACUUUCAUUAAUGACCCGGGUGGUGGGGAGAUCUCUGUUGAAAGAUACAGGCAAAUACACAGAUAGGUACAGGCAGGCAUGGAGGGAGAAAAGUGAAAUUGCCUUCAGGCUUUCUGAGCAGGGAGGAAUGGGUUAACCUUGCUGCCCUAUUGCUUCUAAAUGCAUGGGCUUUAGGAUUUAUCCACAGUGAAAAGUUUUCAUUGGUGGCAUUUUUUUGGGGGGGGGAACUGAUGUGGGGGAUACCAGGGUAGAUGAACUCCUUGAAUCCUGUUCUCUGUCCCUUCCUUCCCUCUACUUUGUUUAAAAAUAAGAAUCAAAGGAGAGUUUUUCCUGAAAAACCCCAGGGUGACUUGGAAAGGAAAAAUGUGACUGAGAAAAAGCAGAAAUGUUGUUUUGCUGUAAACUGUGCCGAUCUGAGAAUUAGCUCACGGCAGAAGUAUUUUUUAAUUUAUUUUUUGCUGUCAGCUUCAUGCCGCUUGAGAAUCUUCCUCUUUUGAUAAAGAAAAGUAUUGGGCCUGAUUGUUAAACCGUUUCCUGGUCCAUACAUUAUAAGGGGGGGGGGGGGAGGGGACACCGGCCUUUGAUUUGGCAAAACAUGACUGUUUCUCAGGCACACGUAAGAUAAGUUCUACUGACUUGCUUACUUUACUACAGUUCCUGCAAUGCAACUGUGCAUUUAUGGUGGCUGCUUACAAAUCCCCCCUCCCCACGCAAAAAAAGCAGGGAAUGCAUAACUAAAGAAAGAGGAUAUAGAUUUGCAUGAAAUAUGCAAAUGUAGAUAUGAAAAAUUAUUACUGUAAGUUAAAUAAAUGCAAUGAUCUCAUGAUAGUGGGAAAUACGUUUGCUCAGUCUGCUAUCCAGGUGAGGGGCAGAUUCCAGGUUGAUGUUCUCCCACCUUACGGUUCUUUGUUGUUAAAGACGGAGCAGCUGUUCAGACAGAGGAUUUUUCCCUGUCAAGUAGGGCAUGCAGCCACCCAAUGCCAUUUCAGGUUUCAGAAAAAGGAAACUUCCUUUAGUUAAAUGAAGCUUGCAUUUUAUAGCAACAAUAAAACUGAGCAUUUCUGCCAGAGAAAAAUAGGCUGCAUUGCUGCAAACUGGAAAAGCAGUUAAGCAUGCAUAUGUAUGUAUUACUCUUUUAUCAUUAAAUAAUCUUAGUAGGAGUGCAUCAAAUGUGGAUGGUCUUCUACAUUUUUCACUUUCUUACUGUAUAGUUUGCAGUUAAAAGUUUCAUGAGAACCCCAUUGGGAAAUGCAUCUUAAUGGGUUAAUAAAAUACAGUGGAUUUAUGACGUCUAAUAGAUCUAUUAAAUGUUAAGUGAUUUAGACUUCCCUAAAGGAAAACCCAAAAGUGGGGAAAAAAACACACCAUCCUCUUUCCCCCCCGUAUAUCUUGGUUCUCCUAGGUCCUAUUUCAUUAACGAAAAACAAUGCAUUAGGUCUCCCUUGCCAGAAGGAUGGACUUAUCGGCGUUGUGAUCAACCCCAACGAAGUAUUCUGCUCUGUUCCUGGGCGGCUCUCUCUUCUCAGUUCGACGUCUAAAUACAAAGUGACAGUAGCAGAGGUUCAGAGAAGGCUCUCUCCUCCGGAAUGUCUCAACGCUUCGUUGCUGGGAGGGGUUCUUCGAAGGUAGGAGGCUGUGAUUUCCACCCCCCUCUUCUCUCCUCCCCCCCCGCCCCGUCAAAACUAUUCCAGUGACUAGAGCUUCUCAUACCACCUCUUAAGCCAAACGGCAUGUAAAUACCAUUUUUGUGUCUCAACAAUUUUGCGCAGGGAGAGGGAGUGAAACCCAAACGCUGCAUCCUAAUGCAGUUUAUUUCCAAGCUCUGUGUUCACGCUCUUCUUUCUCUUUAGCACCCCUUGCAUUUCCAGAAAUGAAAAGUGCUAUAACAAGUCUAGAAACAAGUUCUCUUUUUCCUGUUAAUGUAACACGUUGCUUCUCAGUCUACAAAAAGAGAAUCUUGCACCCAUUAUUUUCAGGUUUUCUUACUCACUCGGCCGCCUGUGUACCACAGUGUUUAAAUGGCGUUCACAUAAAUUAAUAAUCGGCUGAUUCCUCUCCCACCUUUCAACCCAAGGGUACACAAUUUCCAGUUGGCUGUUAAGGAUGCCAACUGGCCAAACUUCUCACACCCAUAGAUACAUGCCUACACCCAUGUGUCUUUAAUAGCAAGUCAUAGGUGAAACACCCGACGGGUGAAGCUUUCUGAAGCAAAGUGAGCCAUGCUCCCUGCUAAUGUCUGUGCACUGAGCUGCUGUUAUAGCCACAGCUGCAGAGACAGAUCAAUAAGCUGGCAACCCCUAGGGGGAUCAUCAGGGCAGCAGAACUUUGUUGGAAAGAUGUCCAGGGCUCCUGCUCAGUGGAACAAGCAAGGGGGUCUCCAAUGCAGUUAGAGUUGGCUUACUGCAGGCAUAGGCAAACUCGGCCCUCCAGAUGUUUUUGAGACUACAAUUCCCAUCAUCCCUGACCACUGGUCCUGUUAGCUAGGGAUGAUGGGAGUUGUAGUCCCAAAACAUCUGGAGGGCCGAGUUUGCCUAUGCUUGGCUAACUGCAUUUUUAACUAACACAUAUUGUUAUUUAAAGACUGGACCCUCCAUCUCCCAAGAUCAUGAAGUCUAGGGCUAAAAACAACCUCUAACUGCACCCAUGGAGAAUUCUAACUUGGAUAGAGAGAGGAGAGAUCUUCUGAGCAAGGUUCUUGGAUAGGUUAAAGCACACACACACACAGUGUUUUAAGAGCAUCUGUUGUGGUUACUUUCUAAAAAGAACCAGAGCUAUUGGCGUCCUUGAGGAAUAAUCAAAAGCAUGUGGUUCGAAACACCAAAGGGGGGUGCUGGUGAAUCCAGCUCAGACCCACCCUCCCCAAUAUUCCUGCUCCUCAAAUGGUACUCCUGAUUUUGAGGGCCUGGCCUGGGAUUGCAAUCUUGGUUAAUACAUCUAUGCUUGUGCCGCAACAAAUGCUCAACUUGACGCUCCAUGCUUGGUAAAAGGUUCAAUUUUCAUUACGCCUGCCGUAAGCGUAAUGAUCUUUGAUAGUGUGAAUGCAAAGGCAAAGCCUAUUCUCUCCCCCCCCCCGCUUCCUUUCUUUUUGAUCUUGCUUUCUGAUGUUUAUGUGAUGGAGCAUUAAAAAGUAGGUCAAAGCUUGUUUUUCCAUUCUGACCCCCCCCCCGCCCUCGAUUCCUCUCCCCCCCCCACCCCCGCGCAACACAACAAACUGCACUGAAUGUCAGUAAUUUGGCAUUUCUCAAUUGCUUUGAAAUGUGGCCUCUAUCAGGGGUGUGCGGCUAAAUAAAACACUGUCCACCUCUUUCCCCCUGCUAUUUGCAGAGCCAAAUCUAAAAAUGGUGGCCGAUCUCUAAGGGAGAAGCUGGACAAAAUUGGCCUCAACCUUCCAGCUGGCAGAAGGAAAGCUGCAAAUGUGACUUUGUUGACAUCGUUGGUGGAAGGUCAGUCUUAAUUCUUUAUUUUUUAAAAAGAGCCUUUCGGGGUAAAGGACAAACGAGGUGACUUGGAUGAGCAUGUCCUCUAAAGCUGUGUUGUUCCAUUUUCAGACUUUAGCCCAAAUAUUCAUAUCUGGACUUUCUGCUUCAGCCGUUGCCAACAUGGUUCUCUCCAAUUGUUUCUGGACUGCAAUCCCUGGCUGGGGCUGAUAGGAGUUGUGGUCCAAAAUGAUUUGGAGGAUGAAGGGCAGACCCACACCAUGCAUUUAAAGUACAUCCAGCACACCCUUAAAAACUCCUGGGAAUGGUGAAUUUCCCCUUUGCAGAGCCAAAAUCCCCAGUAAAGGUAAAGGGACCACUGACCAUUAGGUCCAGUCGUGACCAACUUUGGGGUUGCGGCGCUCAUCUUGCUUUAUUGGCCGAGGGAGCCGGCGUACAGCUUCCGGGUCAUGUGACCAGCAUGACUAAGCCGCUUCUGGCGAACCAGAGCAGCGCACGGAAACACCGUUUACCUUCCCACCGGAGCGGUACCUAUUUAUCUACUUGCACUUUGACGUGCUUUCAAACUGCUAGGUUAGCAGGAGCAGGGACUGAGCAAGGGAGCUCACCCCGUCAUGGGGAUUCGAACCACCUACCUUCUGAUCGGCAAGUCCUAGGCUCUGUGGUUUAACCCACAGUGCAGUGGCGUAGCGUGGGGGGUGCAGGGGGGGCCGGCCGCACCGGGCGCAACAUCUGGGGGUUAGGGGGCACAAAUCCACGGGUUAGGGGGUGCAAAUCCAUGGGUUAGGGGGCACAAAUUACUUGCCUUGCCCCGGGUGCUGACAACCCACGCUACGCCACUGCCACAGUGCCACCCGCGUCCUUAAAACUCUUAUUAACUAAUUACAGUUCCCAGGAGUCUGCUCUAUAAAUAUGCACUGGAUGUACUUUAGAUAUCUGGUUCGGAUCUGGUUCUGCUCUAAGAGUGUUUAACUUGAAUUUUUUGUUUUUUGUUUACCACUACCACAUGGUGUGUCAGUGCUGCUGUUGACUUGCGCCCCUCCCAGUUGAAGCCCAGUACUCCAAAAUCAUUAGGAGGGAGAAAGAGAGAGAGAUAUAAAUGUGGGGGUGCAAUUUCACAAGCGUUCAAUUGGGGGUGGGGCCAUUGAUGUAAUAUAGGAUGUAGGCUGCGUGUAUUUGUGGGGGUUAACGUUCAUCUGAGACUGCGCAGACUCUAAACUGGAAACUGAGCUGCUGCAACUCCAUCCUUGUGACUCAUCUGUGUGUGAACAAGCAGCUGAUCUGUGCUUGAGUAAUCGACAAUCCCAAGUUUUUAUUCAUAGAAAUUUUUAUGGCAGCGCUUCUCAAAAGAUCUGGGUAGCCGACGUGUGCAUAGUCUCCUUUGUUCCUGUCUCUUCUCCCUCACCCCCAGAUUAUGUCUCGAUCCAUACUUUUACCGUUGGCCAAAUAAAUUUAUUUCUAGGAUGGGAAGGCAGAGUGUGCUCCAUCGUUGCUUUUCUGCAAGAGCUGCGGAUGUGGUGUAAGCAGGAGAGCAAAUCGGGUAGCCUCUCCAGUGGAAUCCUAGGAACCUCUCAUCAUUUAACUAAUUCAUUUCCAGAGGCACAUUAGUGUGUGUCCCGCCAGACAGUUUGGCAAAUUCUUGCGCCACUGCAUAACUUUUGAUUAAGGAGUUUGAUACAAAGCUUUAAGGGGACCAGAUCUAGUUGAAAUUAAUCCAUAAAUUAAGAAAGUGUCUCAAAAGAGUUUUAAGAAUUCGGAAUGAGAAUGUUCAUUCUGAUAACUAGCUUAGGAAUGUCCCCGAGACAGCAGAGUUCAGUGGUGGAGAGUUCCCAGUAGAAUCCAGUGUUUUGAAAGAGCAAUAGCUCACCCAUAAUAAAAGCUCCAUCAGCCUCCAAUAACCUUCAGAUCAGAGAGAACUGUUUCCAAAAGAAUUAUUAUUAUUUUUUUACUUGGUGGUGGAGUUUAAGGCGAGAGUGUAGCAGACAGAAAGCACAUGCAGUGGUUUACUAACUGAGAGUAAUGCUUUAUUAAAGCCAUGGUUUCUUUGGGAUAAAUAAUCUUUGGGAUUGCAGCCAUGGGUUCUUUUUAGGUUUUCUACAAAUAGAAUGUGUGUUUAAAGCAAAAGAUUUAAUGAAGGAGGAAGGGAGAACUUGUUGGUACUACAAUUCCCACCAUCCAUGACUGAUAGCCAUUCUGUUUUGGGUUGGUUUGAGUCUCAACAACAUCUGCAAGGCCACAGAUUCCAAAUUUUGGAUUUGAUAGAUUUGCAGUUCCAUGUCUUUAAGCACAUGGUGUACACCCAUUUUAAAUAAUUAACUGAAAUAACUCGGGGGGGGGGGGCCUGAGCUAGUUCACAUGUGCAUGGAUGUUUAACUUUGAUGAAUGGAAAAUGAAUGUAUGAAUGGCGUCCGUUGAAAACAAGCAUGUCUGAGAUGAUGCACCACCUGUCUGUAGCAGCUAAUCUAUGAUGGUUCACUCAACACUUGCAAGAGAUCACUUGGUGCACAUUCAUCACUUUUAUUGCAACAUAGGCGAACCAUCCUGUAUUUUCUGAGCAAAUGUGUUCCAUCACCGGAAUGCCGGGUGGAUUGAAUUCGAAUGGGUGAAAUAUGCUUUGCAUCCCACAUCUUUUGUUUAACUGGAUUGUCUGGGUGGAAUCCGGAUCCAUUAAAAUGAAUAGUUGCUUUGCUAGUUGUUUUGAUGGGAGUUGUCCUCAAGUUUUGGAUGAGUCUCUUUUUGGUUCAAGCUGCACCAACCGUAUGGGAGGGGAUGCGCUGAACUUGUAAGCCAACCGUGGUAGCUUCUGUCGCUGUGCGGCUUUACAAAUAUCUAAGCGGCUCAGAAUUUUGUGUUCAUCCAAGCUACUUAAUUGUGAAGUAAUAUUUUGCAAUCUCUUUUGACAUCUUCCAAAAACAGUCUGGGAACAGAGGCCAAUUACAGGAUGAGAAGGUAGACUUUGGCUAAUUAUUGGGGUGGGGGUGGGGCGGGGACGUAGGAUGAUGCAAGAAACUCUGCCUCAAUCCUAAACAAAAUCCCUAGAGCUCCAGUCCAAAGAGGAUGUUUCUGUAUAGACAAUUGUCCAAAAAGGGUUUCUUGCUGAAACUUGUUUUCAAGAGAACUUUGUUUGAUCAAUAGAGUAGCUCAAUAAAUCUCCACCCUUUUUGGGGUCUGGACCCACCGUUAGCCUAACAUGUAUGCCGUGGGAAAACCAGGCCAUCUCCCCCCCCCCCCCCACGAGAGCAUGGCAGCCAUUUGGGGCACCUUGGUCUCUUGCACCAUUUCGGGAAAAGAUCUCUCCCCCCCUGAAAAGUGGUUUUUUUGAGGGAGAGGUCCAUGAUCUUGCAAGGCGCCCCCAAAUGUCUGUGUUUUUGACGCUGUACCCGAAGAAAAUGCUUUUUCCUAGCCUGUGAUCUCACGUGGCUCACGUGACUUGUGCAGGAUUUUGGACCUGGAAGACUGUGUCCCAGAUUUGGGCCACGUUGUGUUGGAGGGUAUGGUAUGUGAGGACUCACGCCGCCUUAUUUCCACAUAUUUAUAGGGUGACAAUGCUACUGCUGAAACCCUCAUUAGGUCAGCCUGCAACCCAGUUAGCAUAGCUUUUGUCAACCUGGUGCCUUCCAGAUGUUUGGGACAGAAGCUCCCAUCAGGGAUCAGAGACUGGGUGAGAGUGAUGGGAACUGUAGUCCAAAUGGUAGAUUACUUCAAGAUGGUGGGGACCUUCUUGUUCCCUGCUGAAAAUCACUUCAUCUUCUGCAUCAUGUGUUUGUGUGUGUGGGGGGGGGAUAAGUUGGUGCGCUCACAAAGAGACAGGCCCUGUCCACUCUUGGGCCUGGCUGUGCCAGCCUGUAGCUCCCUAUGUAUUCCUCAUUUCACCCCAGAGAUUCUAGUCCUUCAUGGUGAAGAAAGUUUCCCAUCCCUAGACUAGCUGAUCCACACCCUAGAACAAACCAAUAGGCUAUCUAGAACAAGGGGGUGAGGUUUGUGAGGCCUUGGCCUAAUUUUCCUUGGGCAGCAAGGAGAAAUGGAGGACACCGCACCUAUAUUGUGGACUUUGGCCACUGGUUGCACCAGCUUGGUCCCCUGUCCGCACGCAGCCCCUGACAGGCCACCCUCAAGGGUUAUCCUGUGGCAGAAUUCUGUCAGUCACUGGUUUAGACGAAGAACAAAGAAACCCCUUUUGCAGCCUUUGGAUAUCAAGGCAGAAUUGCUCAGGUGCUAUAAAUUAAACAUAAAUUAUGAGCCUGCUGGAAAAUUAACUUGGACUUUAUGGUCUUAAGUAGGGCAUAUCAUGAAAACGGUGUAUUAUGUAAAAUUUGUGCUGCAACUGCUUUUGUUUUUUUGGGAGGGGAGGUAUUAAACUAAUAUUAGAUAUUAACUUAAUAUCUAAUGUAACUCACCCUGGGACCUUGGGGUGAAGGGUGGGUAAUUAAUAAAAUGAAUAAGAAGAGGAUGAUAAUCACAGCUUUAUCUUUUCUCAUCUUUUCCAGGCGAAGCUGUACAUCUUGCCCGGGAUUUUGGCUACGUGUGUGAAACUGAGUUUCCUUCCAAGGCUGUGGCCGAAUACUUAACUCGGCCGCAUCUGGGGCGUAAUGAGAUGGCUAACAGGAAGAACAUGCUGCUGGCUGCAAAGUAGGUAUUCUCUUUUUGAACAUGAGCAUCCUGGACAACCAAUUUGUAUUUUAGCAUUUGUAUCGUAACCCUUAGUUCUACAUAAAGGAGGACUGUGAUCUGCAUGUUAAAAGAUUUAGGGCAGGCAUAGGCAAACUCUGGCCCUCCAGAUGUUUGGGACUACAAUUCCCAUCAUCCCUAGCUAACAGGACCAGUGGUCAGGGAUGAUGGGAAUUGUAGUCUCAAACAUCUGGAGGGCCGGAGUAUGCCUAUGCCUGAUUUAGGGGAUGGUGGCAGUUGUUGAGACUUGCUUUAAGGCAAGGCUUCCUGAUAUUGCUGGAUGGGUCAUGCUGGAUGGAGCUGAUGGGAGUUGAACAAUUACCUGAAAGUUUUCCUGUCCGCAGCCUAUAGGCUCCUACAAGGACUGGUUCCAAGUUCAAGGGCACUCUGCCUAGUGUCCACAGAUGGGUCCCCUCCCGCAUCAGUGCAUUUUUUAAAAAUGAAAGCAGGCUUAGGUUCCUGAAGAUGUUGAAUGUAUAUGUUUGCCUGAUACUGUCUUAAGCAAUGCUACAGAAUAUUGGAGUGAUUUUCACAGUAAUAGAGCAAAUUGUCUGAAUUCUUAGGCUUUUUGACAUGCAAAGUUCCUUGAGUGGGGAGGGCUGUUCAUUUCCUGGCAGCUCCAAGGAGGGUAGAACAAGACUCAUUGCAAAAUGCUAAAGAGCUGCUGUUGGUUGAUCUCCGUUGACCCUCUGUGGUGCUCCAGAUGUUAUUGGACUCCAGCUCCCAUCAGUCUUGGCCAGCAUGGCCAGUGGCUACUGAUGAUGGGAGUUGUAGUCAAACAGCAGGUUCCUCAUCAAAUUUACUCAUUGAGACUGGGCAAGGCUCUGACUCCGUAUCAGCCUGUUUCCUGUGCUCCUUCCGAAGUUCAACAAAGUUGGGUUCAAGCUCACCAAGGUGAAUGCUUUAGUUCAAAUUAGAGUGGUGGAGUUAAUUGCAUGCUUCAUCUCUCCUCCCUCCCCAACUGAAAGUCAUGCACAGCAUCCAAAGGUGCUUCUUUGUUUGGUUUUUGCUGAUCACCCACCCUCUCCAGUCCAAGAACAAGCUGCUCCUCAAGGGUUUGGGAAGACCUUCUCAGCACAGCGUGGGAUGUGGCUUGGUCGGUGGUGGUGGUAGGAGGGCUUUGGUGGAGAAUGUUGGAAAAUUGGUGGGACUUGCCUUGUGCAAAUGGGUGUGUUUCUCAUCCAUGCAAAAUCACUAUUCAGCUCAAGACAAUAGUUUUUUAAAAGACUUCCAUUUUGGGGGUGACACUCGCAGAUUGAUGGGUACUAAAAGAAAGCGUUUGAGGUGAAUUUUGUCUGAUGUCUAAAUCUACCAAAUAUUUUUAAUUUGAGUAUUCUUAAACCAACCUUUCGCUUUUUGUUUCCCCACAUGUGUUUUGUCCUAAGAUUUUUUUUGUGUGUGAGUGUGUUUUUAAUGGAAUAGUGGACUUCUCUAGGAGGCUGUAGCUAUUUUGUGUUUUAAAAAAUGUUGGAUGGACCUCAGGAUUGCAUAGCUAGUUCCUGAUACAAUAGAGUUUUAUGGUGAUUUGUGCCAAAAUCUGCUUUGGGUACCAUGGUGUCUGCUUAGAGCAUUUUGAGGUUUGGAGGGCAGCCCGAUUUUUACUGAAUCCAGUGGUGAAAUUCUCUUUGAAUGGAGAAAGGAUUUUAAGAAGAAAUCUGAAAGCUCCACAAUGCAUCACACGUAGGCUAUUGUUUCAGGAUGACAGCUUUCCAAAGUAGAGCAUUACGUAUGUUUCUGCAUUUGGGGCUGGAUGAAAACGCCUUUUAUUUUUAAAUGGUGCUUAAAAUGUCAAUAGGAGGAAAUAAGGACCUUUUAGCUUUAAUAUGUCUUGGCGAAUGCUUGCAAGAUCAAAAGGCACCACGUGCCUUUUGGAGCAAAGAUUCAUCAAAUCCUAGUAAUACAGUGAUCCCUGUGGGGGUUUUGAGAUGUGAAACAUCCAAAAGCAUUUUAGGUGCAUCCAGCAACACAUUUCCACUUACAGCCUGCAAACUUGGUGAAUGGUUUGGAAUUUGCAGGUAUUUAAACUUCUACCGUAUUUCUCCAGUGAGAGCUAGCUAGCUAAAUUCACUGUCUCUGUUCUGUUGCCUUCCAUACCUUCUGCAAAACCAAAGCUGUGGAAAUUGUCAUGCAACUGUACCUUAAAAGCAGAUUAAAUAAAGCAGGUCUAGGCAGAAGAUCAUACGGAAGGGAAGGUUUUCCUUCCAGUACUCAGGGCCUGGUACACUAGUACCACCCUCCAGAAUUGAGCCUGGUGGCUAUGUGGGUGCUUGUGCCAAGUUAUAAGGAUUGGCGUAAUACAAUCUUUUCUUGCUGCCCAACUAACACCCUGGCAGCAGCAUUCUGCACUAGCUGCACCCUGUGGACUGUAUUGAAGGGCAGCCACACACAGUGCAUUGCAGUAGCCCAGCUAAGAGGUUGGUUCACUGAUGCCUGACUGUCCCAGCUCAGGAAGUGUUCGUCAUGGAACAUAGCAGCUUCUUAUACACCAAGUCAGACCAUUAGUUUGUUGUUGUUUAGGAGAACAGUUUUCCCCAGACCUUUCUGGAGAAGCCGAGGGCUUUACCCGGGGCCUUUUUAAACGCACUCCGCCCCUGAGCUGAGGCCCUUUCCUAAGCCACCUGUGCUUUCAGAGAAAUUUUAAAAUUUUAAUUUAUUAAAUUUGUAUACUACCCUUCAUCUGCAGGGCAGUUCACAGGUAGCUUAGGAGUAUACUCCUCUAAUCUAUGCAGCUGCUCCUUUGGGGAGUGUUGCCUUAUCCAGGACAGGCCAUCUCCCUAAUUUCUGUACCCAUGAGCCACUUACCCACAGCAGCUCCAUCUAAUCAUGAUUCCACUUCAGUUUGUUGGCUUGCAUCCAGCCCAUCACUGCCUACAGGCACUGGUCCAGGACUUGCACAUCUUCUUCUGAUUCAGAUGGCAUGGAGCGAUAGAGUUGGGUGUCACUUGUGGGCUAUUGCACUCCAAAUCCCCAGAGGACAUCUCCUAGUGAUUCCAUAUUCAUGCUGACUAACAUGGGAAACAAGACGGAUCCCUGUGGAUCUCAAACCCCUUGCCCAAGAAAGGGUGCUUUUGAGUGUGUGGCAGGGCAGUAGUUGCAUAGAAACUUGGUGUCCUGUUGAGGAAGAUAGUCCUUCAGUACAAUGGGCACCUUCUUCCUAAAUAAACUACUCUCUGGACCAGUCAGACCAUCCCUGCCACAUCUUAAAAGCCAUGGUGGGCACAAGGGUCGAGAGAGCAAACCCACAUACCUGGGCCUCAAUAAUUGAAGCUCAUAUUGCAAACUCUGAGCAGAUGGUGCUCUAAAGGCCCUCACAGGACCCGCAUCAACUGUGGGGUCAGAUUUGCGGUGGGGAUGAGCGACUCAAAGGCCCCCAAGGGCCUUGAUGAAACUUUCACGGUGUGCUUAAGAGUGUUUAGCCAUGAACAGUCUCAGAUUGAUAACAUGGUGCAAAAUAAGCAUUUAAAAACACACACAAAGUAGUCUUAUAGGAGGCAAAGAGGUUUGCCCUCCCUCUUAAAAUUCUGAGGGCCGAUGUAAGAAAUUGUAACCUUCUCUAGGAAUAAUAAAAUGAAUACUGGCUUCCUCACUGCCCUCUUGAGGUGGUCUUGAAGGUGCCAAUGGCAAGUGCGUUGGCGAUGUCAGAAACACCUGUUCCUUAGGCCCCUCCUCCAAAAGGCUCCGCCCACACUUGCACUCUACUGAGGUUGAUUUGCUUCCUUCCUUGGUGGUGCUCUUAGUGCGCCGAAGGGGUGGCUGGUGGGAAAAAUCAGCCUCCCUUCGCUCCUGCUGUCUCUUUUACCACCUCCUUUGCCCUACCAGCUUCUGAGCUUUGCUACACAGAAGAACAGUCUGAUUCGGUAUAAGAUAACUGCUUUUGUUCAGCCUACCUUGUAGGAUUGCUCUGAGGAUAACAAACACUGAUCUGAGCUGUUCAAACAGCUGACUUUUGUGACACAGGAAAUGGCAGUUGUGUUCUUCAUUUCUUUCAGUUAGCUCAGUGUUCCUCACGCUUGGGGGCGGGGGUCUCCAGCUGUUUUUGGACUACAAUUCCCAUGAUCUCCAGCUAGCAGAGAUGAUGGGAAUUGUAGUCCACCAACAGCUGGAGACCCAAGUUUGAGAAACAGAAAGGUAGCUGACCUUAAAAUAUAUUUCUGUGUUUUAGUAUACAUGGGGAAGUGAUUAGGCACACCCACCUACACACCUGCCUCCUGUAAUAUCACUCUCUUUCUGAUUCGGCAGGCCGUGCCCCCUUUUUAACUGUGGCAGCCGAUGGUUUUGUUGAAAGUUAAUUCCAUGUGUUGUCUCUUGCAGGCAGAUCUGCAAAGAAUUCACUGAACUCCUCACUCAGGACCGCACCCCUCUUGGCAAUGCGAGGCCGAGCCCCAUCUUAGACCCUGGCAUCCAGGGCUGCUUGACUCACUUCAGCCUAAUCACCCACGGCUUCGGGAGCGCUGCAAUCUGUGCUGCCAUGACGUCCGUCCAGAACUACCUGAACGAAGCGCUCAAAAUAGCAGACAAAACGUACAUGAACACCGGCGACCAGAGCCCUGCGGAAACCAAUAAAAGCAUUGAGAAAAUGGACAAGCACCGGAAGUGAGUGAGAAAGAGGAAGAAGCCAGACUUUUGUAUACUGUUUCUCGCACACAGACUUUAAGAUCGUCUUGCCUAGAGGGCAUGUAGAUAAUCUUGUUACAACUUGCUUCGGGGCGUGUUUUUUGUUUUUUAAGCAUCCUUUUCAGGCUCCUCUGUGAGAUACAUGUGUCUCUCUUUCUCUCCUUUCUUUAAAGCUGCUGUUAUCCAUUCAUUGUGGGACCAGGGAACCGAAGAUAAACAUGAGUACAAGCUUUUAAUUUCAUUUUUUAAAAGAAAAAAAAAAACUUUUAAACAGUACAAAGUGGUGCUAUUUUUUUUCUCCUUGUAUGGAAGUCUGUUUAGUGCUGUUUCUCAAAACUGCAAAUAAGAUGCUCUUUUUCAUUGCGUACAUCCUGAUAGCAGCGUUCAGAUGGAACACUAAACCGUGGUUUUUUAAUGUUACCUGAAGCCCUGGAAUUGAGAACCUCCCUCUUUGCAGUUGCAAGGAUGAGAUAGGAAGUGUUUGCUUCCUGCCUGACACCAAGUAUAGUUUAUCCGUAUGUUAAAAAAGGACAAACCAUCAUUAGUGUAAAUUAAUCUGCCCCAGUUGAUGCUCUCUAACUGUUUUGGACUUCAGCUUCCAUCAGCCCAUGGUAAGAGAUUAUGGGAGUUGUAAUCCAAAAUGUCUGAAAGGCAUCAAGAUUGGGUGCAAGCUAUGGUUUGAUAAUAACAAUCGAGGACUAUAAACCCCACGCCGACCCGGGUUGCUUCAAUAAAUCACAUGUUUACACACAAAUCAUUGUUUAUCAUUCUGAGAUGUCACAAUAAACUAAGGUUAGUGUUAAACAGAAGGCAAAUGCUUCCAGUUUCCCUCUCAUGGCUGUGCCAGAGAAUAAGAAGAGAAGAAUGGGACCAUCAACAGGGUUAUAAGCAGGAUUCCCCUGGUUCUGGAAAUCUUUGGAAACCAGCAACAACAUAACUCAGUAUUAACCCCAGGGUACCUGAAGCCUUGACAAGGCACCCAGGACUGUAAAUGUAAUGGGAAUUUUUUAUCCAAAGGGAAGUUGAACUUGGUAUAAAGUGAAAUAAAUUGUCUGAUGGUUAUUUGAACACCUUGUAACCUCUUGGGGGCUUUUUGAGAGUGAUUCAGACUUCUAGGCACAAAUCCUGGAAGUUAUUGUAAUGCAGACUAAGCUUCUGCUGGACUCAAAUGAACACAGAGCAGCCAGCACUAAAGUGGGGGAAGCAGAACCUUCAGCUGCUCAGAUCUUGUUGGACUACAGUUCCCAUCAUCAUGGCUGGGGAUGAUGGGACUUGGAGUCCAGCAGUGCCUGGGAUACCACAGGCUUCCCAUCCCUGCAGUAAAGCGUACUGUAGCAGUUCUUCUUACACAAGGAAAAACUAGUUCAAGCUAAAAAAAAAUGCAAAAUAAACUUGCUUCCGUUUUUUAAAUGCCAGGAUAUUGCAGCUUUAUAUAUGUCAUCAGGUCUUGUGUUUUUAAAAUAGGAAAAAAACUUGAAAGAAUAGGCACAUUUUUUAAAUUUUUUUGCCUAUAUAGGCCAAAAAGUUAUAUAUAUAUGAAUAUAUAUAAAUAUAUAUAAAUAUAUCCAGGGAGGUUUUUAUGUGUAUAAGGGAAAACAGUGUGUUGGAAUGUAUAUAUUUAUUUAUGUGUAAUUUAAUGGGUCUUGUAAAUAAUGGUGAACAUUUUAAUACUUUUUUUUAUAAAUGGGCUUCAAAAUUUAAAAUCCCCCCCUUUCCUCCCCAAAAAAGGUAAUGGGUAAGCUCAAAUACACUGCUACACAGGUCUGUUUAUGCUGGGUAUUUAAAAGUGACUUUUUACAAAAAAAUAAAAAUGAAAAUCCUCAAUUCUUGCCACUGUAGAUUUUUGUAUCCGAUCUGAGGUGUGUAUUGACAAAGCAAUAACUUUGUGUACUUGGUAUCCAUUCAAAAGUAGUGUGUUUGUGUGAGUGUGUGUGUGUGUGUGAGAGAGAGAGGGGGGGGGGGAAAGAAGAAUGGAAGUCAUAAAAAAAAACUACAUCCCACUUCACUUGUAAAUGUCUUCCUGUUACCCAAAAGGCAUUGUAUAGGAUAAUCCAUAUAAUAAAAAUAUUCUGG